UUUCAGUCCACUUUGUCGCAACCGGCACAAUCAUUCCGCGGUUUCCAGCCCUUUCGUCCGUCCUUUCGUCCGUCCUUUCGUGGCAACCGACAACCCCAACCAACCGACAAAUGUUUUAGCUCUGGGCAGUAUGGCCACUGGGCAAGCUCCCCUAUUUGUGUCAACAGGCAGCGAAACGAACGUCGACAUACUGUAUCCGUCCCUCAACACUGACUUCCUUACGGAAAAACGACAAAAAGCAGCGGCUGAAAGAUUGAGUGCAUUUAGUUCUUUAUUUUUUUAUAUAAUCCUCAAACCAAUUACAUUAAAAUUAGGUAAGGAUCGCAUUGCAACCCCUAAAGAGAAAAGUCACAUGCCAAGCAAGACACAAUCCCACGAGAAUCCCCUACGAAAUUUUACGCAACGAAAGACCGAAGUAAUACUUGAUGAAAAUAAAGUAAAAAAUGAUGGAGGUCUUAAAUUACCUGAUAAAGUUUCAGGAAAAGUUUCAGAGUUUAAACUGGAGACGACGACCGAUACAAAUUCUAAGAUGCAGGAAGAAAAUAACGAUAAUGAGGAUAAGAUACGAAAAGAAGGUUCUGGAAUUAAUACAAAAGGAUGCACCAAAAGAUUCCUAAAAGAGACAAAGAUGAAAGGUUCUAUGUUAAAAUACAAGCAAAACAACCCGCAGAUUCAGGUAAAUAAUUCUGCACUACCAACGCUGAAUGCUGCAGAGAACAGAACAUCUGUAAAGCUAUCUCACACACCUGAGAGAAUGGAUAAGAUAUUUCAUUGGAUACAGAGGUCAAGUGGGAAAGAACGGGAAGUGGCAUUUAAUUUACUGUCCACGUUCAGCACUAGUGAGAAAUUUCAAACCAAAACAGCGAAGAAGAAGGAAAGAGUGAAAAUUACACUGCAAGUGUUGGAGAGGAGUAAAAUGCCCAAAUCCAUGGAACCAAUGCAACUAAAGACGUCGAAACGAGAUUCAACUGCAAUGAGACUUGGUCACAGAGAAAGCUAUAAUAGGCUUGUGAAACAAAGAGAGAAAGAAGAGAUGAAGACAUGGCAUCAUGUACCAUUGUACCAUCACAGUAAUACAAGUAACAGAAGCGCGCUGUUUCUCCAACCAUCAAAAAGAUAUCAAAGUCAUUUCUCAAUCCACCCAGAUUGGGGCCUUCAUUCACAAGCGAGAUUUACGAAGUCGAUAAAAACAUAGUGUAUUUGUACAUAGUAACAUUAACUAAGUUGCAUGUUUUGGUUUAUUUCAACCUCUAAAACACACCAGUAUAUUGACUAUUGGAAGAGAAACUGUAGUUUAUUGUAGAGUCAGCAUUAAUUAACUUCCGAAGCUU